CAACGAUAAUCCUAAGAGCGACAGAUUUGAGCUCCAAGGAAAGUCGAUCUGUUCGUAGAGCUUAAGUGUACACAGUUGUCAGAUCGAGAUUCCUUGAUUGCCCAGCCUUCCACCGCACUCGAGCAGCAAGACGGGAGCAAACGAUGCAGAUAUCCUGGCGUGCACAAGCACGCACAAACUUGCAGCAACGUUUCCGUAAACUUUGGGAGCGUUAAUCCAUCUGAUCUUAUAGCCAGGCAAAGACUACGUGACGCGAGGUGAGCUGCCUAAACAGCCAAUGCUGUAACCACUGGCGAGACGAGAGUGACUUGAUCUUUCUCCUUCACUCACGCUUUUCUUCUCAAGUCUUUCAAGAACAUUGUAGCAAUCCUCUCUCCCGUACGCCUUGACACAAUGACUGAUAGCGACCCCGAAGCUCCGGUAUGUGCUUCACAUGCAAACGAAGCAGUUGUCCAUGAUCAACCCGCGUCAGCCCCCAAGGUUGCGGACUCUCUCAUGGAAGAUCCGUCCACGGAGAUCAAGACAAAGAAGAGGAAGAAGAAGAAAGGAAAGACCGCAGCAGCUCGAGGGGCCACGGCACUAGCACAGAGCAGAGGCACUGGCCUGGAAGAGUUUUUUGCCGAUGCUCCCAUGACGCCUCAAGAGGCGAAGGAAGAGGAAGAAAACGUAUACUCAGUUGACCUGCCGUUUGAAGAGCGCAUUCAAUCUUGCAUCACACGUUUCCGCACUCGCCGCCGCCUGCAGGCCCCGUAUGACCGCUUUUUUAACGAAUAUCUGUUCCUCGGCGGCAUCGACUCUAACCCCAACCCUUUCGGCGGUCAGGACCCAAAGGCGCUCAAGAGCCUCACACCAGCGGAGCGACGGGAAGCAACCGCGACGAGCCAUGUCCACCAGGGCGAAGGCGAUCAAAAGUUCUACAACGGUGACGAUGAGCACUGGUCUGUGGAUUUCGCAGGCGUCGCGGCGGGCUUCUUCUCAUACAUGGUGCCCAAGAUGACCGGACUGGAGGAGACGUCCCUGAAGCAGGCAGUCAACGUUGUCGACAACUUUCUGCGCUAUGUACUGCAGCACGACGUCUGCCCCGAGUACGAAGACGACGUAAAGAAGGCCAUCCAAGUCUGCGAAGACGCGCUUGUCGAAUGGCCGAUGAUGGUCCGCCUGCAAGGUGCGUUUCCCGGCCUCUUCAAUCUCGCUGCGACAAAAGUGUUUGGCGUUUACGACGAGAGUGAUUGGUAUAUGGCGGAUCCUCAGAAAGAAGAUUUUGACCCGAAGCUCGUGCUUAUGACUUCUCUCACCUUGCUGGAAAAUCCAAAGGACGUUGCAAAGUUACCCCAGCCUCACCACAGGGUCAUCCGGCAGUUUGACUGCACUGUCGAGAUUAGCGACAUUCAGCGCCUCCCUGAGACUCUUUGCAAGCGUUUCAAAGGUCUCCAGGUGGAUGGCUCGCCAUUGAGGCUGGCCCCUAUUGGCAAAAUCAGAGUCAUUCCUGCCAUCAUCGAAGACGAGCUGGUCCAUCCCAAGGUUAGCAACCCGUUCGCUAAAGGCUUCAUGACGCUGUAUUUGGACGACGACAUUCUGGCCAACAUGAAGGUUGGCAUGAAGAUGGAAACCACGGUCUGUCAGACUGAUUCGGACCUCAAAUUCAUCAAAGCGAUACGCCAGAUUGUGCCGUCGUUUUACACAUUUCUUCCGCAGGAGCUGAUGCGCCACUUUCGCGAGCCGCGCCCAAAUGAUCGGCCUGCUAGGUCGGUCCAUGACAUUGUGGAUGAUGGCAGUGCCGAAUGGGAGGCGUAUCAGGAGAAGUUGAAGGCACAGCAGCUCGAAGCUGUUGCUGAGGAGUGAGACAACGUUCGUCGACGAGAGUAGCGAAAUGACCAAGAUCAAUUAACCCAGGUCGUUUCCUGACCAUUCCUAUUAUUUGUGCUAAGCUUAAUGUUAAAGAAUCAUAAAAUACAAUGUACU